GAUCUUUACACUGUUGGCUGGAUAGCCGCUCUUAGAAUAAAGCUCACAGCAGCGACUGCAAAGCUGGAUGAUGGACAUGGAGAACUGUGCAAUUUUAUCCCGCCUCAUCACGACACAGAUGUAUAUACCUGGGGCCGCAUUGGGGAACACAAUGUAGUAAUAACAUCAUUUGCAGCAGGAGAAUAUGGCGCAACAUCCACCGCUACUACUGUGUCACGUAUGCUCUUCUCCUUCACUCACAUCAGGAUUGGCCUUGUUGUG